CCGCAAAUCAUAGCCCACCGCGGCUACAAAUCCAAAUUCCCCGAAAACUCCCUCCUCGCCUUCUCCCAGGCCAUCCUCGCCGGCUCCCACGCCCUCGAAACAGACAUCCACCUCACCGCCGACAACAUCGUCGUCCUCUCCCACGACCCCACCUUAAAACGCUGUUUCGGCCGUCCCGAACGCAUCCUCGACCUCACCUGGGAUGACAUCUCCCCCCUCCGAACGGUCGCCGAACCACAUGUGCCCAUGCCGCGACUGAUCGAUCUGCUGCAUUACCUCUCCUCCCCUGGUCUCGAAGACAUCUGGCUCCUACUGGAUAUCAAACUGGAUAACGAUGCGGAGGAUGUAAUGCGACUCAUCGCUUCGACCAUCGCUUCCGUGCCGGUCGCAUACGGCAGGAAACCGUGGGAGCAGAGGAUCGUGUUGGGCAUCUGGGCGGCGAAAUACCUCCCCCUCGCAUCCCAAUUCUCCCCAAACUUCAGCGUCAUGCACAUCGGUUUCAAACUCUCCUACGCGCGGCAUUUCUUCGACACGCCAGGGGUGGGAUUCAACAUGCUCCUCCCCAUCCUCAUGGCACCAGGGGGUCGAAAAUUCAUCCGCGAAGUGCAGUCUCGACGUCGGAAACUCGUCGUCUGGACCGUCAACGAUAGAGGGAAGAUGGAGUGGUGUGUCCGCAGGGGUGUGGACGGAGUGAUCACGGAUGAUCCGGGACUUUUCCUCGAGGUG